AUGGGUGUCAAUAUAAAUCUUGAUGAGUAUAACAAGCAGUACAGCAACUCAAAAUGCAAGAGCUCGCUCAUUAUAAACAAAGAUUAUUUUGUCAUGAAUGGUUCAGUUGAUUUCUCUGAUGCUGGUAGCUCAUGGGAUAAAACAGUAAUUGUACAAGCCCGACCUUCCAGCACAAAUUAUUUUAAAGAGAUUUGCCUUAUUUCUACGUCUGCCACAGAAAAUAAGGUCACACCUGAUAGCUGCUACUGCAACGACUGUUCAGGUGACAUUAAACAUUUCACAAUCAACAGAACUGCAGGAAUGCAGUACAGUAAAGCUGAAAUAAAAGUUAUAAUACAGACUUCAGAUGGUGGUCUCAACAAAAACACUAUUAAAAAUUUACCAGAAAUGAUUUCUUUAGAUAAAACUACAAGCACACUUUCAGCAGAUGGCGAAAUAUUAACACAUGAAGAUUGUUGGCCAAAUUCAAAAUUAACAGCAUCCAAGGUUAGAUUAUGCUGUCACUCUGGUAAUGAGCCAUGCACUUCUGUCAUAUAUAAGAACGGUGUAAAGUCUAGUGGUGGCAGCUGCACUGAUGUUGUGCUGAAAUCUUCUGAAAUUUUAAAUCUGACCUUUGAACUUGAAAUUUGUGGUGAAGUAUUCCAGACAGCCAUUCAGUCCUGCAGGAUAAAAGGAAAAACUGCUGAAAAUAAUGGACCAGCAGAUGAUACAGAGUGGAACACAGGAAAAAAAGAAACAAAGCGUAUAAAGAGAUUGGAAAAAAGUGAAAGGCACAGUUCUGAGGGACUUACUGAUUUCACUCAUAAUUUCAAUACAAACAGACCUGAUGAUCAACCAGAUGAAAAUAAAUCUCUCAGAGAAGUCUAA